AUGCUCUCAAAGGACUUGCGGAUGCGGUUGUGCGCAAACUCGAGAGCCUCGCACGCGACAUUGGGCGGCGUGAUGCCGGCAAUGUACUUGGUCUUUGCGCGCAGGCAAUCCGUUGGACGAGGCUUCAGGGUCGCCAAACAAACAAAGAAAGAAGGUGCCGACGGCCUUGAAGCAGUCCACUCGAACGGGGAGAAGGAGGAUAAGCUGUGGUCCGCUCCCAGUCUGGGCGUGGUCGAGACCGAGAAGCCUCAAUUCGCGCACACCUUUGCUCUCUGGCUCCCGCGAGUGCGUUUAGGCCACUCAAAGCAGGCGACGCCGAGCACCCGCAACGCAUCUCGCUGGGGCGCCACCUAUCGACCCGACUGA